UCCUUUGCUCCACAUUCCCGUCUCACAAUUGGAUACUCGUCAACGCAGCCUGAUCGCCUUCUUUCCUCUGCCCCACCAUCCUCAUCGUCCGCCGCGCGUUCCAUAGCUUGCACCGCAAGGAGCCGCUUCCUUCUCUAUAUUAACCAAACACUCCUCAAGCAGCAGCAGCAGCAGCAGCAGAAGAAGAACUAACCAUGGGGACUGUUUCAUUCGUUGCCAUGCCCGCUGAAGCGAUGUCGUCGCUCCUGCAACCCGUCGUCGUCCAUGGCUUCUUCGUCUCCAUCCAUCUCCUAUUCCUCAUCGCCUUAGCCAUCUUCUGGAUCAGAGCUGCCACAAAGCACGCCGGCAGCGCCAAACGAAUAACAGAGCGUCGCAAGUCUCUGUUCCGGGGAUUGCUGAUCUCGACAUGCGCUGCCGUCGGCGUGUUUUAUCUUUCUCUUUGCGUGCUCACUUUUUUGUGGUACAAGGACGGACGGCGAUGGCAGCGUGAUCAGGCGGUCGCCCUCGGCGACGCCGCCCUCCGAGCCGUCACUUGGCUCGCCACCGCCGCUUACCUCACCGUCGGUCUCCGCUCUCCCCGAUUCCCGCUUUUCCUUCGGAUCUGGUGGGGAUUGUUCUUCUGUUUUGUCGAUUCCCGCAUGGGUGUUUGA